AGGAGGCCGACGGGACGCUGGACUGCAUCAGCAUGGCCCUGACCUGCACCUUCAACCGCUGGGGCACGCUGCUCGCCGUGGGCUGCAACGACGGGCGCAUCGUCAUCUGGGACUUCCUCACCAGGGGCAUCGCCAAAAUCAUCAGCGCUCACAUCCACCCCGUCUGCUCCCUGUGCUGGAGUCGAGACGGUCACAAACUGGUGAGUGCUUCGACCGAUAACAUUGUGUCGCAGUGGGAUGUGCUCUCGGGAGACUGCGACCAGAGAUUUCGAUUUCCUUCGCCUAUCUUGAAAGUUCAGUACCACCCUCGAGACCAAAACAGAGUUUUGGUUUGUCCCAUGAAGUCGGCGCCGGUGAUGCUAACGCUGUCAGACUCCAAACACGUUGUCCUGCCCGUGGAUGAUGAUUCUGAUCUCAAUGUUGUGGCCUCCUUUGACAGGCGAGGGGAAUACAUUUACACGGGCAACGCCAAGGGGAAGAUCCUGGUCUUAAAAACAGACACUCAGGAUCUUGUUGCUUCCUUCAGAGUGACAACUGGAACCAGCAAUACCACAGCUAUUAAAUCAAUUGAAUUUGCUCGGAAAGGAAGCUGUUUUUUAAUAAACACAGCUGACCGGAUAAUCAGGGUGUACGAUGGCCGUGAAAUUCUAACUUGUGGACGAGAUGGGGAGCCUGAACCGAUGCAGAAGCUGCAGGAUUUAGUGAACAGGACACCGUGGAAGAAGUGCUGUUUCUCUGGCGAUGGUGAAUAUAUAGUGGCAGGGUCAGCACGACAGCACGCCCUCUACAUCUGGGAGAAGAGUAUUGGAAACCUAGUGAAAAUCCUCCAUGGGACCAGAGGAGAGCUGCUCUUGGAUGUAGCAUGGCAUCCUGUCCGACCGAUCAUAGCUUCUAUUUCAAGCGGUGUUGUGUCAAUAUGGGCUCAGAAUCAAGUGGAAAACUGGAGCGCCUUUGCGCCUGACUUCAAAGAGCUGGAUGAAAAUGUAGAAUAUGAAGAGAGAGAGUCAGAGUUUGACAUUGAAGAUGAAGAUAAGAGUGAACCAGAACAGACAGGUGCUGAUGCUGCAGAAGAUGAAGAAGUGGAUGUAACGAGUGUGGAUCCCAUUGCUGCCUUCUGUAGCAGCGAUGAAGAACUGGAGGACUCCAAGGCUCUGCUUUACUUACCCAUUGCUCCUGAAGUUGAAGAUCCAGAAGAAAACCCCUACGGACCUCCACCAGACGCGGUUCAGAGCUCUUUAACUGAUGAGGGAAUAGGUUCUGAGAAGAAGAGGCAGUCCUCCUCUGAUGGACCUCAGGCACCAAAGAAGAAGCCCAAAACCACCAACAUUGAACUACAAGGAGUACCUAAUGAUGAAGUCCAUCCGCUGCUGGGUGUGAAGGGAGAUGGUAAAUCCAAGAAGAAGCAAGCAGGCAGGCCUAAAGGAUCAAAAGGUAAAGACAAAGAUUCUCCAUUUAAACCGAAACUCUACAAAGGGGACAGAGGUGCUUUACCUCUGGAAGGAGCAGCGAAGGGUAAAGUGCAGGCGGAGCUGGGACAGCCUUUGACAGGUGGUGCAAUCUCAGAAUUGUUAUGA